AUGUUGGUCAGUUGGUGGGUGUCAGUGUCACAAACAUUUGUUUAGACAUUUACAAAGACUUCAACAAAAAAAAGACAAAUAGUACACCAAGAUUGACCAGAUUCCAAUGAUAUAAUUCAAGAAACUCUGUUCAUGGUUUCAUCCAACAAAGGCAGUCACUUUAUUAACCACCAUUCAUAGGUAUGCCCAUGAAUGAUAACUCUAUGAUCUUGCAUUGGUUGUUUGCUUUAACACACAUUGGUUUCUUGGUUCUUGUAUUCAUCAGUUUGUUCUACAAAAAAUAUAGUUUCAAAGGUCCUAAACAGAUGCCCAACAAUAAGGUCAUGUUAUCUUGUGUGGUCCUUGUGGAUCUUAACCUUGUUAUGUGUUUCUUGAGCCUUCUUUAUUGGUAUAGAAAUGGUUUGAGUAAACAAAACAUUGUUACCUUUUCGGGUACCCUUCUUAGAACCCUUGUUUGGUUAUUCGUUUCGGGUUACUUGCACAACUAUGUCUCUAAGUCAGCAUUAAGGAUUUGGUGGUUUUCUUCUUUCUUAAACUUUUGUUUUUGUCUAGUGUUGGACUAUGUUUUCUAUCAACAGAUUCAUAGUUUAGCACCUCGGUUCUUGGUGUUAGAUGCUUCGUCUGUUAUUGUCAGUUUAUUUCUGUGUUAUGUCGGGUUCUCGGUUAACAAUGGAGGUGGUACCAUUAGCCAUUUUUAUUAUCAAUCAUUGCUACAUGGCAGUGAAGCUAUAACUCCUUCUGCAACCAGCAAUAUCGUAAGUCUUGUUACUUUCGCGUGGAUUCAUCCAUUGAUUUCCAUCGGAUACAAGAAACGGUUAGAUCUUGAGGAUGUUCCACAACUUGACAGUUUAAAUAGUGCUCGAAGAUCCUUUUCGGUCUUAAGAAAUAAACUAGAAUCGGAUAAGCGUAAAAGCAGCCAAGUGAAUACUUUUAGUCUUGUUAAGGCUGUGAUCUUGACAAUAUGGAAAGACAUAAUAAUUUCGGGUCUCCUUUGUUUCGUGUACACGUUAGCUUCAUACGUGGGGCCGUUCCUCAUAGACACGCUUGUUAAAUAUCUAACCGGACAUCGAGACUUGAAUACGGGUUUGCUUCUAGUUUCUGCGUUCUUCGGUGCUAAGAUUGUCGAGUGCUUCGCAGCUCGACACUGUGAUUUAAAAAAGCAACAGGCUGGGAUUAACGCUAGAGCUGCUCUUGUUGCAAUGAUCUACCACAAAGGUUUGACCCUUUCGUCUCAGUCAAAACAGGGACACUCGAAUGGCGAGAUUAUUAACUUCAUGGCUGUUGAUGCCGAAAGAAUCGGUGAAUUUAGCAAGUUCAUGCACGCUCCUUGGAUGACCGUUGUGCAAAUUGGUCUGUCACUAGCAAUACUGUAUAAAAAUCUCGGGAUUUCUUCAUUAGCUACCUUUGUUGUAACAAUUGCCAUCAUGCUAUCCGAUCUACCAUUAGGGAGUUUUCAGGAAAAAUAUCAAGCGAAGUUGAUGGAAUAUAAAGAUAAACGGAUGAAAACGACUUUUGAAAUUUUGAAGAAUAUGCGGAUUCUCAAGCUUUAUGGAUGGGAGAUGAAGUUCUUGUCGAGAAUUAACGAUAUCCGGAAUGAUGAGGCGCAUUGGUUGUAUAAAUUUGUAUUUGCUAUGGCCGUCACCUGUAAUGCAUUCUGGGUUGCACCGACACUUGUGGCUAUAGCCACAUUUGGCACUAGCAUGCUUGUUGGCAUCCCGCUUGACUCAGGGAAGGUAUUGUCUGCCAUUGCAACAUUUAAGAUUCUCCAAGACUCCGUGUAUAAUCUUCCGGAUACAAUAUCCAAGAUCAUACAGACCAAAGUUUCGUUUGAUCGUAUUGCAUCGUUCCUUAGUCUAUCUGAAUUAGAUUCAGGUCUGGUAGACAUAGUCCCAAGAGGUAGUUCCGACACGAUAGUCGAGGUCGUUGAUGGAAAGUUUUCAUGGGAUGUGACAACUUGUGAGCCGACAUUGAUGGAUGUAAAUUUCAAAAUUUUUCAUUGCAUGAAGGUUGCUGUCUGCGGCCCGGUUGGGUCGGGAAAGUCAAGCCUACUGUCAUGUAUACUAGGAGAAGUGCCUAAAUUAUCCGGAAAAGUCAAACUCAGUGGCACAAAGGCUUAUGUUGGUCAAUCACCAUGGAUACAGAGCGGCACGAUAGAGCAGAAUAUCUUGUUUGGUAACGAGAUGCACAGAGAAAGAUACGAGAAGGUUCUAGAAGCGUGUGAUUUAAAGAAAGACCUUGAAGUUCUAUCUUUCGGUGAUCGAACGGUUAUAGGGGAGAGGGGAAUCAACUUGAGUGGCGGUCAGAAACAAAGAAUACAGAUAGCUCGUGCUCUCUAUCAAGAUGCUGAUAUAUAUCUAUUUGAUGAUCCGUUCAGCGCUGUCGAUGCUAUUACAGGAAACCAUCUUUUCAAGGAAUGUAUGAUGGAUUUCUUGGAAUCGAAAACAGUGAUUUACGUCACGCAUCAAGUGGAGUUUUUAACUGCUGCAGAUCUCAUCCUGGUCUUGAAGGAUGGAAGAAUCACACAAACUGGAAAAUACGACGAUAUUACGAAGCUAGGAAGCGACUUUUUAGAGCUUGUUGGUGCACACAAACAAGCUUUAUUAGAAAUUGAUUCUGUGAGCGAGAACCAAGGUAGCCGUGGAAAAUUUAAUAAGAAUAUACAAGACGAGACUAUAAAGGGUCAAAAUGGUGAAUUAGUUCACAUGGAGGGGAAGAAAAGGCAGCUUGUACAAGAAGAAAAAAGAGAAAGAGGUAAAAUUAGCUCAUCGACGUAUUGGAAAUACCUUACAACAGCUUAUGGAGGGGCACUUACUCCUGUCGUGUUAUUAGCACAUAUUAUGUUUGAAUCAUUUCAAAUCUCUAGCAAUUACUGGUUGGCUUGGGCAUCGCCUGCAUCCGAAAGUAAUGAAGCUCGUGUUGAUGACUUCAAAUUCAUUAUCGUUUAUGUGGCUUUUGGUAUCGGAUGCUCUUUGUGUAUUCUAGCAAGAUCGUUUUUACUUAUGCAAGCCGGGUACGAAACGGCCAACCAGCUUUUCGACAAAAUGCAUUUUUCUAUUUUCCGUGCCCCCAUGUCUUUCUUUGAUGCCAACCCAUCUGGUCGAAUCCUAAGCAGAGUAUCUUCAGACCAAACUGCAGUGGACUUGUCAAUACCCUAUAGUAUUGGUCCAUUUGCCUAUGCUAUCAUACAGCUUUUAGGCAUUGUUUUAGUUAUGUCACUAGGUGCUUGGCCCGUGUUCCUUGUUUUCUUUCCCGUCGUUGGAAUUUGCAUCUGGUUACAGCAAUAUUACAUACCUUCGGCACGAGAACUGGCACGAUUGGUUGGAGUAUGCAAAGCGCCAGUCAUUCAGCACUUUUCCGAAACAAUAUCCGGAUCAACGACUAUUAGAAGCUUUGAUCAGAAACACAGAUUCCAAGACACGUGCUUGAAACUGAUUGACGAUUAUUCCAGACUGAAGUUUCAUGUUGAUGGUGCAUCAGCUUGGUUCGGGUUACGCCUGGAUAUGCUGUCUGCUUUAAUUUUUGCGUUACUUCUUAUCUUUCUAGUUUCUGUUCCGGAAGGAAUAAUUGACCCAAGUACCGCGGGCUUAGCAGUAACAUACGGACUACAUUUGAACAAAUUACAAGCUUGGGUUAUACUAAAACUUAGCAAAUUGGAAAUACAGUUUAUCUCGGUUGAAAGAAUAUUUCAAUACAGUUCGAUCCCUAGUGAGCCUCCUCUUGUUAUAGACUCGAAUAGACCUGAUCGCUUCUGGCCUUCACAAGGAAAAGUCGAUAUUCACCAUCUGCAGGUUCGAUACGCCCCACACAUGCCACUUGUGUUGAGAGGUAUAACAUGCACUUUCCAUGGAGGUAUGAAGACGGGAAUUGUAGGGAGAACCGGAAGUGGUAAAUCCACUCUUAUUCAAACACUCUUUCGUCUCGUUGAACCUACCAGUGGGGAAAUUUGGAUAGACGGGAUCAACAUUUCAUCGAUUGGACUCCAUGAUCUACGGUCUAGACUGAGCAUAAUUCCCCAAGAUCCCACUAUGUUCAACGGAAGUGUUAGAAGCAACAUGGACCCACUUGAGGACUACACAGAUGAUCAGAUUUGGAAGGCUCUUGAUAAAUGCCAGAUUGGCGAUGAAAUUAGAAAUAAGGAAGGCCAGCUUGAUGCCAUAGUUACUGAAAACGGAGAGAACUGGAGCGUGGGUCAACGGCAACUGAUCUGUCUUGGGCGUGUGCUACUGAAGAAAAGCAAGAUUCUGGUUCUGGAUGAGGCCACUGCAUCAGUUGAUACAGCAACGGAUAACAUGAUUCAGAAAACACUUAGGGAACACUUUUCAGACUCUACUGUCAUAGCAAUAGCACAUCGAAUCACCUCUGUCGUCAAAAGUGACAUGGUCUUAGUUUUAAACAACGGUGUUGUUGAAGAAUACGAUUCUCCGACAGCAUUGCUUGAAGAUAAAUCAUCUUCUUUUUCCCAGCUGGUUGCGGAGUACAGCUUGAGGUCGAAUUCUUGUCAUAGCAUUACAUGAUAAAACAAGUUAUUUUUAUAGCUAAAUACCUAUGCGAAAAUUUUGUAUCUAUUGAUGACAUUAUAUAUUUGAAAUGGAAAUAAUAUCGUUGCGACAAAAAA